CUAGCGAGUGUGACGGUCUCCACGUCUAGUCGUCAUCGUCAAAGCAGUACGCGAGCCGCAUCCCGUCCUGUGGUGUUAUUCCAAUGAAUUUUUUUCUUAUUAAUACGCCCACAUGGUAAACAUUUUAUUAUUAGGUUCCUAUAUUAUUGGAUAUAUCGCGUCCUAUCCCACUAUGCUAUAAUAUUAUAUAUUCGAAGAUAAUAAACAAAAUAUAGUAAAUAAUCGUGUAAUAAUAAAAUAACAUAAUAUUAUAUUAUAAUCAUGUCUCUUUAAGCCGAGAGUACCGUUCAAAGUUUCGUUAGGUAUUGUUUUUUUCCUGGUCCAUUUAAUCAUAAUAUCAUCGUAAGUCGGAUGCACGAUGGACAACGUCGACGACUAUUAUAACAUGGAUUACCCGUACGACGAUUACAAUAAAAAUGAUCUCAUACCUCCAAGUUCUGAAGAAAACACGCGCGGGAAUGUAUUUCAACAAUCUACUACAUUGACAGCAAAAAUGUGGCCUCCUGAUAUUUCCGGAGGUUUUGAUUGGACCUUGGACGUUUUGGGAUGGCAAGUGGACAAGGAUCAAUUGUCAGUUGUUAUAGCAUGUGCUAUUGUCAUUAUAGUACUUACUUCAAUAACUAUUGUGUUUAUAAUUUGGUAUUGUUGUUUUUGUAGAAUAAAAAAUGUACAAAACAGUUGUGAUGAAGAAGAACAAAGAAGCAAUACCAACAUACCUAGUUACUCCACUGUAUUCCUAGACCCCAAAACUGGAAGUUUUAUAUAUAGUAACCGUAUAGUUGAGUUGUUCCCUGAAAGAGAAGGUUCUCCCGAUCAUUGGUUUUUCAAUGAUCAAGGAGAUGAACCUGUUAGUACAAAUACAGUACCUCGAUCAGCCUCUGUACCACCAGCAAAGCAACUUCAGUCAUUUGAUCCUUGUAUUCGUGAAAUAAAAGAAUUUAUUAGCAAUGAAACAUUUGACGUACCUAAUUUGCAUUACAUUGACAAUGAGACCCAAAAUGACCCUUGCCAUUUGCCAAACGCUCUACCUCAGAUCUCUGAAUUUAAUCCUCAUCAAUUUACUUCCAGCAGCAUUUUGGAAAAUUGCCAUACAUGUGAUGGAAAAUCUAUAACACUGCGAACAAGAAGUCUUCCAACACAUGUGAGAAACAAGAAACGGCCAUUUUCAACAUCUGACAAUUUAUCAGAGCUUUAUGCUAAGGUAAAUUUCAGUAAAAAAAGGAAAAAUCGCAUGAGAAAUGAUGAAGCUGCCAUAAUCGCCAUGAGUAAAUCCAGGAGCCAAUUCCUCAACAACAAAGACACAGAUAUAUUGGUUGACAAUGAAGCAGUGAUUGUUUACGACGAACGAACUGCUUUAUAAUAAUAUAAUAUUAUGUGAUAUAACUGUAGGCUAAUUGCGUUUAGAAUCUCGUAUGUGCUAUGUAUAUUGUUAUAAUUGUUUCUCAUAUGAGUAAGGUUAUUGAAAUAUAUAUAA